UUACUGUAAUCAGUAUACUGUCCGUAUAUAAACUUAAGAUAUGCAAAUUGCACACUAGCAAGUUGAACCAUAUAAGCAAUUCAAUAAAGACUAAUUUGAAACAAUUUAGACCUAAUAAAAACUGAGCAUACAGUGCAUUAGUACUGUUGUUAAAAAUAUGGAAUCAACAGUGGAACUUCGAAAAGCACAUGUAGGCUUUGAGAUGGUUCAGAAAUUGAUUUUGGAGUUAUACGGGCUUACAGUUAUUAAAAGUUCCGAGCUUAACGGAUAUGACGAUAGGAAUUUUCUCAUUAAAGUGGACCCUCAAAAUAUCGAUAAUAAUGAACACAUAGUGAAAGUUGAGGUCGAAGGUUACGUUUUUAAAGUGAUUAAUACCUUGGAUUCUGUAGAAGUGACCAGAUUUGAAGCUCAGGGAAGACUUAUGGUAUUCUUGCAUGAACAUAAUAUAAACUGCCCAGCUCCUGUAUUAACCAAACGAGGCCGAACAUUUGACACAAUAUUACGUCCAACUGGUGAACACAUAGUCUUACUACUAAAGUUUAUACCAGGAGAGAUCUUAUAUAAAAUGUCAAACUUUACAGACCAUGUAUUUUUUCAAGUGGGAUCAUUAGCUGCUAGAAUCGACACUGUUUUAAAGGAAUUUGACCAUCGUGCUUAUCGCAAACCAGUGCAGUGGUGUCUGGGUGCUUCGCCAAAUGUCCUAAAUUAUUUGCAUGCAAUUGACGAAAGUAAAAGGAGUAUGGUAGAAACUGUAAUUGAAGAUUUUAAAAAUAAUGUGCUUGCAAUUGAAAACAGGCUGGAAAAAGGAAUAAUUCACGGAGAUAUAAAUGAACAAAACCUAAUAAUGUCAACGGGCGACGAAGCAAAGGGAAUCCAGUUGAAAGCUGUUAUAGAUUUCGGCGAUACUCACUACUGUUGCUUCCUCUACGAGUUGGCCCUCGCUAUGACGUACAUGAUAUUUUUGACAGAUAACCCUGAAGUUGGAGGGCAUGUUUUAGCCGGUUAUGCCUCAGUAAGAAACGUCUCUAAAGCAGAAAUUCGUUUAUUAAAGACCUGCAUAAUGGCAAGAUUGUGCCAAUCACUGGUCCUUGGGGCAUAUGGUAGCUUGACCGAUCCUAACAACGAAUAUCUUUUGACCACUAGUAAGAAAGGAUGGGAUAUCCUUGACAAAUUAAGAAAUAUUGAUAAUGAUGACAUUUUGGUGAAUUGUUGGCUGGACGCGGCCAAAAAGUACUACAUUUAUUUUGGCAGUUGACAUCUGCUAAGAUAAUUUUAAAACCCCAGUGCUAUUUAUAAGCAAGGAGACUGAAUAUAAGGAGACUGACUGAUCUCCGCGCUUUCCAAAUUUGGUGACGUGUACGCAAAAUUGAACGAUCCAAAGUACCUGAAGAUGAGAUUUCAUUUUUUGGCUAUUCGACGCAAUAACCAACGGCAAAAAAACAAAACAAUGAGGAAAGAAUGCCAAAUUAGUUUCAGCGAGUAGAGAUUGUAAUUAAUAAUCUUAGAGAGAUUCGGGUAGAAAUUGUGAUGUUAAAGUAAUUUAAUGUAUUUCUUUUUUAUAAUUUAAUUCAGACACUUGCUACUCAACAUUCUCUGUGGAACAAAAUAAUUAUAAUAUUUACAAAACUGGAAAACGAUUAAUAUUACGGUUUCAAAAACAUAACAUUAUUAAAAGGCGGGUCCAGAUAAUCAAAGUGAGGUACCUUCAGACCAACAGCGCCAAUGUGGCAACUUUCUGAAACUGGUUUUCGUUCAUUUUUGGGUACAUACGUUUAGUAUCCAGAUCAGUCUCCUUAACUCUAGUCUCCACGUUUAUGCGAAUAUAUUACAGUUUUAUAUAUAUAUAUAUAUUUGUGUUUUGUGGUUUUAUAUGCCUUUUAUUGCUUGUAAAAUUAUAGCGGGUGUUUUUCAAAGUUGAAUUUGUCUAAAAAAAUAUCUAUAAAUCUAAAUAAGACAUUUUCAAUUAGUUUCUGUGAUUUUCGAACAAUGAAAGUUUUCAAGGGAAUCCCGUUUGUCUAUUUUUACAUUUUAAUCUCGUGUGUCAUGUUUAUGUUGAACCUCACUGUAAUAGUCAAGAAGACUACAUAUUUUUAAUAAAUAGACAAUAGUUUUAACAAAUAGUAAUAUAGUGAGAAAAAUGUAAAGUAACAUAAAGUUCAAUAAACAUCAAAAAAUUC